ACUUGAAAAAAGUCUCUCUUUCACAUUUCUUCUCCUUUUAGUUAACAAAACCUUUUCCUUUUUUGUCCGUACUAUAUAGACCUGUUCAUCUCCAGGUUUCACUUCUCUUGCUGUUUUUAUCACUCAUUUUCUUGCUUUAUGGAAAGCCAAGAUCACAAAUUUACUACCCCAUCAGGGCAUGAGAAUCAAGGGCUGCAUUUGUGUCAUAAAUGCGGGUGGCCUUUUCCGAAGCCACAUCCUAGUGCUAGACACAGAAGAUCACACAAGAAAGUCUGUGGAAAAAUUGAAGGAUAUAAGCUUAGUGAAUCUGAAAGAGCAGAUAAUUCUACCCAUUCGGCUGUUUCAGACGACGAGCACCACUCGGACGGGGAUCAGCAAACCCCAAGUCCUAUCGGUGGAAAGACAAUUGUUAAAGAGAUUAGUGGCAUUAGUGACAAAUCGUAUAGAUCAGAAGAUGAAACUUACUCUGAUGCGGUUACUGAGUUUUCUGAUAGCGGGAUUAGCCCUGGGUUGGAAGAGUGUCCGGAGGGUGUCAAAAAUUUGAGUAUGAAUGUGAAAAGAGUUGAUGAUGAGUUAUUGAAGGCCGAUUCAAUUGGAGGUAUUUCAGGAUCCUCAAAUGAUGCCCGACAUGCGACUGAAGUGAAUAAUCUCGAAUCAUUUGAAAGUGCAAUCAAUCAGGCAGAAGUAGCUGAAUAUUUCGGUACAAAGAUUGACUGCGACCCUAUUAAGUCGGAGAUACCAGUGGAUGCUUCUCUGCAGGAGAAUAAUACAACUGAAUCUAUUGAAGCCAAACAAGUGCAGAUGUCUUCUGGGCAGCCAAGUGAUUUGCAGGAGUUAGAAGAUAUUAAUACCGGUGAAGGUUUAGUUGAUGCUGUCGGUGUUGCUGUCGAAGUCUCUCAAUCAGCAGUAUCUGAUACAGAUGGAAAGACGUCAAAUAAUGCAAGUUAUGAGUCAAUACAGGAGGCAGAGGGGAAAAAUUCAAACCCUUUAAACUUGCCGUCUGAUUUACUUGAGGCAGAUGAGCAAGCCACAGAUAGUGUUCCAAUUGAAGGCAAACUACAGCAUGAUGAGAAUGAAAAUCCUGAUUCUGUGGACUUGAAACUGGACUUGUCUGAAGCUGAUGUUAAAGCUAUGGAUGAUGUGAGCGGAGAUAAGGAGUGCGAGCAACUCGAUAAGGUGGAGGAGGACAAAGCAAGAAUCUCCGAUCAACUUUUAGAUGGUCGUAGUCAAACGGAGUUUUCUGAUGCAUCUAAAACUGAGGAAGCGAGGGAAGAUGUGCAUGUGGUGUCGUUGGCAAAAGAUUUACCUACAUCAGACAACCCUGAACUCUUGCUUAAAGACUUCAAAGCCUACAAUAAGUUCAAAUCUAGUUUGCCAUUGGAUCUUGGCUCUUCUGAACCUGAACCUCUUUCUACUGAUGGCGACCCUUCAAAGAAUUCGCUUCCUUCAGGUUUCCCAACCGACCACUCAAACGGAGUUUAUGGUGGUAGUCAAACGGAGUUUUCUGAUGCAUCUAAAACUGAGGAAGCGAGGGAAGAUGUGCAUGUGGUGUCGUUGGCAAAAGAUUUACCUGCAUCAGACAACGCUGAACUCUUGCUUAAAGACUUCAAAGACUACAAUAAGUUCAAAUCUAGUUUGCCAUUGGAUCUUGGCUCUUCUGAACCUGAACCUCUUUCUACUGAUGGCGACCCUUCAAAGAAUUCACUUCCUUCAGGUUCCCCAACCGACCACUCAGAUAUGAACACCAUUACUUCAUCUGUUCAGGAAGAAGCCAGGCAAACAACAAAAGUUGAUGAUCCUGUAAUUGAAAGGACAGAAACAAUUUUUAGCAUGGAAGAAGAGAACAAGGGUGGAAAUCCAGAAAAUGAGCUUCUUGCAAACAAGGAAACAACCGUUGUAGACACUUCUUGUUUAUCUGCUAAUCAAACUAUGGUCACCCAUGACGAACAUGAAAAGGCUAGAACUGAACAGCCAAUUGGUGAAACGGCGAAAGAAAGAAUUGAGGAAAAGCUAGAAGGAGUUUUUGAAGUUGAUAAAACUAUCUGCCUUGUUGGAGGACAUAACGACCGUGCUAUACUUACAGGCACGACUGUGCAUGAAAGCAGAGAUGAAAUUUUAGACAGCACAGUUAGCAACAAUGCCAAAGUGUUGGAGCCUGCCAGUGCAACUGAAUUGGAUUCCAAAAUAAUCGGUGAUUGUGAUGUGAAAGAGCCAGCUGGUUUGCUUGUCGAUACUGAUUUGGACGGUCGCGUUGUUGAUAACUCCCAUGCAGGAGAUGGCGUUAAGAAUGCCACUGGGGUCAUUUCAUCAGCCUCACUGAAUGAGGGUAAUGACAAGCUCAUUAAACAGAACGACACGGUUUCUGCAGUGGAUAUAUCAACGAAUUCGAGCAGCAGAGCCGAUAGCCUGGAUGCCAACUGGGGUUCUGUUUCAGUGCUUUCCACCCAGUCCGAGUCCACAGCUGUUCCUGAUGCCGAAGCAACUGAUACUUGCGAGAAAUCGGAGCGUGACUUGCAGAAACCAACUUCUGGAGUUGAGGAGCGGUAUCCUGAUAAGUCAGAUGUUUACGAGCCUCCGUCUUUCAUGACAUUGGUUGAAUCUGGAGAAAAUGCCGACAAGAAAGCUUCUGCUCCCGAGAUUGAAGCACAGCUUAUCGCUCAACAGCCAAAAACAGAAGCUUUGAAAGCAGGGUGGUUCCCUUCUAUUACCAACGUGGUGAAUGAAUCUCAAGGGAGAAAGAAGAAUGAGGAGAUAAUUGCAAAAGUAACAAACUGGAGUACAGGGAAGCAACACACUCCAUUGAAAAAUCUACUUGGUGAAGCCAAAUCUCCAAACACAAAACAAGUGCCUUCAGUUAACCAGAAAGAUGAAACUGCUGCCACUAAGAAGAAUGGGGCUACAACCGUGACGACAGUGAACUCAAUUCUGAGCUCGGAGGCACCAACUGAGCAGGCUGCCGCAAGUAAGGAGGCGGAGAAAGAAUGGAAUUCUCCCGCGAGGUAUCCAGUUGACAUUAAGAAGGAAAAGAGAAAGACGAAACCGUAUUGGGUACCAUUUGUUUGCUGCUCUUCAGUACAUCAAGACGCAUAGUUUUCUUUGUUCUUUUUCUUGAACUCAUCGUGUAUUGUACGUAAAUUCGGCUAUGCACUUCUCUCUUGUUAUGUGCUGUCAACUCCUCAGACAUUAUUGAUUCAACUGCAGGAGUUUGUGUAGCUUCUCAGUCAUAUCUUUGGUUCUACAAUGUAUAUUUGGAUGUUAAGAUGCUUAGGUUUCUCCUGCAUGCAGUUUAAUCUUUUGCUUCAUAUGAUAUACCAUAGCAUUCU